GAGUACACAAGCAAACUUCUCCCAGUCUUAGCUUUACAACCAUGCAGGUGGUGGUAGUGUUGGUGGUUGCUGUGGUUGUAGCUGAUGUGAGUGGAGCUACCGUCUACGAUGGCGCACGAAGUGUGGAGGAUACACGCCAGCACUGGACCGCAAGGCUCUCGGGGAACACAACUGAAGCAAAGGGAAGAAGCCGUGUCAACAGAAUAUUACUGCCCAUCCUGACCAUCAUCAAAUUUGCCAACUUGCAUUGUCGCGUAGGGUCAAAAUCUGGUACAUGCUACACGGCCAGACAGUGCCGGGAGAGGAGUGGCCAAGGGUUGGGUGCCUGCGCUGAAGGCUUUGGGGUCUGCUGUUACAAGGAGAUAACCUGCGGAGGCACCACAUGGGCUAACGGCACGUACCUGUUGAGCCCCGGUUACCCCUCCACAUACAACGACGCCCGCAUGUGUAUCAUGACUGUUUCCCACACACCGGGAGUCUGCCAGCUGCGCCUCGACUUCGAGACCUUCGACACCUUUCCGCCAGAUCAGUUCGGUCAUUGUAUCACGGACCAGUUCACUGUCGAGGGUGAGCGCAAGUUCAAGUUCCUGUGUGGCUCUGCUCCUUCAGAUUGGCACUUUUACUUGGAUGUGGCGGAGGGACCAGACUCCACGGUGCUCCGGAUGGUGACGGGCGCCUCUUCCUUUCGCAGACUCUUCAGAAUCAGGGUGACCAUGAUCGAGUGUGCCCAUAAAGUUCCUGGCGGGUGUGGGCAAUACCUGACAGGGAAUUCAGGCGUUGUGCAGAGUUUUAACUACGGUGGCUUCUACCUGGCUGGCCUUGACUACGGCAUCUGUUUCAGGAAGGAAAAGAAUAAGUGCAGCACAACCCUGCGUGUGGCGGGUCCCUCCUUCGUGGGCUGCCCCAACGACUUGUAUCGUCUACCUGUGGGCCGAUCGGCGGCCGCUGUCAAUAAUCCCCUGGCGACGCUCUCUCUUUACUGCCAACUGGAUACCAACUUUGCGCCCUUCGCCUCGCUGGCAACCAUACAGUCUCCGCUUACCACUGUCACCCGCGGCCCUCUUGUCAUCUGGCAUCGGACCGACCCCAGCGAUGCCCAGCCCAACUACCACAGCACCGCAGGCUGCAUCGCUUGCUCGGGUUUCUAUCAGACCUACCUUCACAACGACUGCUGACUGUAUACAUCUGCUACUCAUGUUCCAGAAGCGAUGUCCACAUAUGCUACCUUCCCCUGGCACUUGAAAAGAACACACACUUAGUACACAAGGAGGGUUUUAUGCAGUGCACGAAAUGUAUGCCUUAAUAGAUGGAUGUUAAAGAUGUUUUACGUUAAGAUUGCAAUAAAA